UUCGGGCCUGCCGUCAGCCAUUUUUCUGGAGAGUGGGGAGAGGAGGGGGUCGAAUGAAUGGGUAGAUAUCGCUGACAACUUCAGUUGCUGACCAAUUACAGCAACAUAAGCUGGGAAACAUUUAACAUUCCUGGCAGCACGCAGAUAACAUGGCCGGGGAGCUGGCAACUGGGUACGGCAGUUGUCCUGGGGUUGUAGUCGAAUUGGUUAUCUGAGGCGUGCAGAGAGGAAACUUGCACUCUAUAUAUCAGUGUUGUGUUUGGAUAAGAUGUCGCGCUUAGAAGUGUUUUGGUAACUGAAUCAAUUGGAAAGUGGAGCUGGCUUUUGCUCCGGGGAGCAGGGAACUGUGCGGCGAGCGUCUCGCCGUAAUUGUCGAAGGCACGUCCGGCUGAAACAGCUGACUGAGAAUGCCUCGUAUUGAUCCGCUACUUCUUUUGAAAACAUUGAGUGUUCUGCUUGGUCCUGAUGGUGGCAUCAAAGAGUCAGAAGAUGUGCAGAGGGUUGUCAAUUUGAUGAUAAGAUUUUCCAAGAAGCUUGUGAGCAAGUGCAUAUACAUUCAGAUUCUUCUAGCCACCAAGGAGCACCUCCUAGAUGACUUCUACAAUCAUGGUGGCUGGGAGCUAGUGACGGGCUGGUUCGGUGACGCCUGCGACCGCGAGAACUGGCGCCUGCUUGAGGACAUCAUGCGCCUGUUCAGGGCCAGCCCGGUUACAGUAGAACGCCUCAAGAUGAACCAUUGUCCCAAGCAGGUGAAGCAUCUCAGCAAGGAAGCACAGUGCGAUGUUGUCAAAGACCUGGCCCAAGAAGUGGUUGAAGCCUGGAUGAAAGUCAUCAAAGGGGAACCGGGCACUAAGGACAAGAAAAGGAAGAGUGUGGACUCCGAAGAGGGUGACGACAAUAACUGGAAGAUGGAGAUAAGAAAUGGCAUUUGCGUGAUUAAGAAAGUGGAUAGCGAUUCGACGCCUGCUGUGGAUAAGAAGGGAGGUGCCAGUGCACAGGACCCAGCAGAGGUCGUUAACGACGCUGAAGGGGAGGGGAAUGGCGGGGAGUCCGAGGAGGAAGCGCAAAACGUGAAGGUGGAGGCGGGAGACGAGGGAGGAGAUCAGGGGGCCGAGGGGAAAGGGGAGGAGGAACAGAGUAACGAGAAAGACGAUAAAAAAGAGAGCGUAGUUAAAGACGCAGAGUGCGACGAGCCAUCUGCCGAGAAAAGGGCUGUAGAGACGAGAUCGAAAAAAGAGGACGGAUCGAAAAGUCCGAAGGGGAAGAAGCGUGAACAUUCAUCGUCUCGAUCUGACAGCAAAAGCUCUAAGCGAAAGAGUUUGGAAAGUAGUUCAAGCUCGAAGGACAAGGAGAAGAAGAGUAGCAGUUCUAGACAUUCGAGGGAUUCCAGUCGUCGUCACAGGGACCGGCAUAAGGACCGGGAGGGCGAAAAGAUGCGAGAGCGCGAGAAGGAAAAGGAAAAGGAGAGAAAGCGGCAGAGCGAGAAGGACAAGGAAACGUUAGAAAAAGUGCGCGGGCAGGGUAUUAGUCUGGGGGGAUUGGGUGCAAUACCGAAGAAGAGUGCGACGAGCCAGAGCAAGGAUGGGUCUUCCGGGACCGCUGGGGAAAAGGAUGCACCGCCGGCGGGCGCGCCGGUGAAAAAGCCACUUCUGGGCGUCCGGCCCGGCCCGCUCCCGGACGUCCGGCGACCCACGGUCAAGACGUUCGGCGCCAAGUUCCGCUCGACUGGCCUGGAGGACGCCGUGUCGACGGCGGCGCCGCCCAAGAAGAAGCCGGCGGAGGUGGUGCGGCCGCGGCCGCCGGCGGUGGCGCAGCCGCCAUCCAAGCGGCCGGAGCCGCCUGUCGUCGUCACGCCCCCCGAUAAGCGGUCACGCAUAGAGCAACGGCCGCCGGUCGAGCGGCCCGGUGGCAUCAAAGUGAUCCCACCGAAACCGCUCCACCUUCAGGAGGCGUCCGGCUUCAUGGACGCGCUGAACGCCAGCGCUGAGGUCACCAAGCGGAAAACCACGAAGCGCACGCGCCGCCUGUCGUCGCGCGAGGACUCCAAAGAGUCGAAGAAGGACGAGUCGCCCGCCGUCACGUCACCGGUCGCUGCCAAGCCGCAGUUCAAGUUUUAUCAGGACACACAGGAGGACGAGAAGAAGGAGCCGUCUCCAGAGGGCGACCGGAAGCCAGCGGAGGCCGACGGAUCUCCGGAGACGGCCGACGGCGCAGACACGGCUGAAAAGGGCGCUGACGAGAACCACGAGCCGGAGGAGGAGCGAGCACCGACGCCGACGAUUCCCCUGGAGCGUUCCGCGGAGGCGACAGAGGCCGCGCCGAAGCCGGCUCAGGCGCCAGCGGCGGCGGCGGACGCGAGCGCCGCCGGCGAGCUGAAGGGAGUGCUGGUGUACCACCGGCCGGCCAACCGGCGCCAGCUGAGCGUCCACUGGCGGCCCGACGCCACCCUGGUGGACGUCAGCUACUUCGACCUGGACGAGACGGAGCGCGUGAACGUGAACCGGGCUAAGUUCCUGGAGAUGCAGGCGAUGGAGAAGCUGCGCGAGCGCGAGUACCUGCGCCGCGCGCGCCAGACCCGCGACGACGGCAUGGCCGAGCAGAUGGCCUGGCAGAUGCUGAUCGUGGUGGACAAGCCGCCGCCGCUGGUGAAGGCCGGCGCGCGCAGCCAGGAGCGCGGCAUCCAGGAGGAGCGCGAGCGCGGCUGCCUGCCGGCCUUCUUCAACCCGGCAAUGAUGCCGGACACGCCUAACGAGCCGGAGCUGGAGCAUCACGAGCGCACGCCGUGCAAGCCAGUGCCGCUGGAGGACGACCAGGACGGCGCCACGGUCAAGGACCACUCCGCCGAUGGCUGGCCGGAGCCGCGCCCGGAGCCGCGCGCCGCGCCGCCGCCGGCCGUCUUCCCGGCGCCCGGCGGCCCGGUGCCGCCCAUGAUGCCGCCUGGACUUCUGCAGACCCCGUCCGGCUGGGGACCGGGCGGCCCGAUGCAGCCCGGCAUGGGUGGCAUGAUGGACAUGAACCCGGGCAUGAUGCCACCCGACAUGAUGGGCCCGAUGGGCAUGCACGGCCCGGGCCCGGGACCGCCGGGCUUCGUGCCGCAGCCAAUGGGCCCGCCGGGCGGCUGGGGCCCCAUGGGCCCGCCCAUGGGGCCCGGCGGCAUGAUGGGCGGCCCGGGCCCCGGUGGCAUGGGCAUGAUGGGCGGGCCCGGGCCCGGGCCCGGGCCUGGGCCGCGCUUCGACCGGUUCCGCGGCCGCGGCGGCUGUGAGAAGCGGGGUGCGCAGCACUGA